AUGGACGAUAAUAUUCAACGUAGAUCAAUACACAAUAAUAAUCAAACCACAAAUCAAUUUGGACCAAGCGUUGGAGCAUUGGUAUGGAAUGCUGGAAAACAACAAGCACAAAAAGCAAUAAAUUUAUAUGCAAAUCUCGAUUAUCUGAGACCGUAUUUCGACGUCGAACCAAAAGAAGUAUUCAAUAGAUUGAUUCAGUCUUUGAUACCAAAGCUGCCAUCUCGAGAAGAAAACGUAAAACCUGAAUUAUAUGGACCAAGCAUGAUUACAUUUACACUGGCAGCUAUAUUAAUCUAUCAAAUGAAACUGUCUAAUCAUUCUGUUGGAUACGCACUAUUCAGUCAUUGUGUUGUUUUAUUAUUUGCAACAUUUAUUCACACAAAACAUGAUCACAUGUUAUUUUAUUUUCUCUGGGCUGUUAUUGGAGGAAUGGCUGCUUCAAAAAUGGCUUCAGUUGUUAUGGCACGAACACUGAAUCAACGAUAUCAGCUUGCACUGGCCGGAUUUGUUGCUGCCAUGCAUAUGAUCUUUCUGUUAUAUUUACAUUUUGCAUAUCAUGAAUUAGCGGAAAACGUUGCACACGCAUUACAAGAUAUCGAUUCAACUCCAAUGUCAGUAGUUGAAUCGUUAGCUCAACGAUCUCAACUGGCUGUUCCAUCUGGUUCAUCAAAGCUUCAUCGUCUUGCGAAUACGAUGCGUUUGUAUUGUUUAUCUGAUGAUCCCAAUUUACCAUGUUUUAUUUUAACUGUGAAAGGUCGUUCUAUAUUAUUGGAUUAUCCAUUACCAAAUGAUCAUCUACUUGAUUAUUUACCUUCACCAUGUCCCGGUUGUUUAAAUCCAUUUUCGUCAUUACCAAAAUAUAGUAUUCAUGUUUCAACAUCGUCACCAUCAUCCCCGAAUCAUCAUGAAGAAGACAUUCUCAUUGAUGAAUUAAGACAAUUGAAUAAUCGUUUAUAUCUAUAUUCUCCCAUUGAAUAUUAUACACUCGAUUCAGCCCAAUAUGAUUUUUCACUAAUUGAUAUUGUAUUGAUUUCAAACCAUGAAACAUUUCUUAGCUUACCCUAUUUAUAUAAAAAAUAUGAAACAUUUCAUGCACAAAUCUACUGUACCGAACCUACAUAUCGUUUCGGUCAACAACUAAUGAAUGAAUUUGUUCAAUAUCAAAAUACAGCAAUAAAAACAAAUUCACAAUGGAAAUUAAAUUUAAAUCUGUUUGAUGAAAUUGAGAAACAAACUACAGCAACAAAUCAAAAAUUAAAAUUAUUUUCAUAUGCGCAACAACUCAUGCCAGUUUAUACACACGAUGAUAUUGAAAAAUGUUUAAAUAAUAUAACAAUUGUACAUUUUAAUGAACAGGUUAAUUUGUAUAGUUCAAUAAGAGCGUGUGCAGUAAGUUCUGGAUAUGCCUUAGGUAGUUGUAAUUGGUUACUGGAAAUCAACGUUAAUCAUAAUCAAACAUCAAAAAUUGAAACAUCUACUGGUGGCUCGAGUAUAAUUCGUUUUGGUUAUUCAUCAUCUAGUACUACUCUGGCUACACAUCCAACAAAAAUGAUAUAUGAUCAUUUUAAAUCAUGUGAUUAUUUAUUAGUGACAAAUUUAUCACGUACACCUACGUAUGAACCGUGGACAAUUGUCAAUGAAUUUACAACAAAAGUUGAGACAGUUUUACGUGAUAAUGGUAGUGUAUUAAUUCCAUGCCAUUCAACAGGUAUCAUCUAUGAUAUUUUUGAAUUUUUAACAAAAUAUUUUGAAAAAGUGAAUCUAUUAAAUGUACAAAUGUAUUUUAUAUCUCCUAUUAGUCAAGCCUGUUUAUCAAUAUCAAAUGCCAUGUCAGAAUGGGUUACCGAAACACGGCAAACAUCCGCAUUCAGUGGCACACAACCAUUUUUACAUAAUGAUUUAACACGAUCAAAAUUAUUAAUAAAUAUUACAUCUCAUUUAUUAGAUGAUAAUGAGAAUCUAAUUAAUUUCGAACAACCAUGUGUAGUAUUUGCUGGUGACAUAUCUUUACGUUUUGGUCCAAUUGUACAAUUGAUUGAAAAACUCAAAGUAUCAUCGUCAAAUGCUAUCAUCUUUAUUGAUACAGAAUAUUCGUAUAUUGAAUCAUUGAAACCGUAUCAACCAAUGAAUAUGAAAUGUUUCUAUUUACCAAUUGAUACACGGUUAAAUUUUAAUCAAAUGAAUACUUUAUUAAAUCAACAAUUUAAACCAAAACAUUUGAUUAUUUCACAACAAUAUAUACAAUCGAUUCGUUAUGAUCAUGGCCAAAUUAUCUCGUAUGAAAAAUAUGAUAAUCUCAAAUUAGUUGUAGAAAAAAAAUUGAAUAUCAAUGGACAAUUAAAUAUUGACUUAAAACCUAAAUUGUUACCACAACCCAGUAAUAACAAGAUAGCAAUUGUUAGUGUAAAUGGACAUCUUGAUAUGAAAGAUCAUGUGUAUAAUAUUGAACAAACUAAUAGUGACACUGACGAAAAUAAGAAAGAUAUGAUCACUUAUGGCCGAGUAAAUAUUGAAAAAUUAUUAAUAUCGUUAAAGAAAAGUGGUCUGUUUGGAUUAGAAGUGAAAAAGAUACGUGAUCAUCAUAGAACAGUUUACAAUGAAGAGGAGAACGGUGACGAUGAUGUUAGUCAUCAAGGAGAGGAUAUUCAACAACAGAAAAGUGUAAUGAUUAAAUAUAAUAAUUUGGCAAAAAUUAUUGUUACAUACGAUCGAACACAAGUUUAUUGUAAUGAUCAAUUAAUAGAAACUAAAAUUAAAGAGGCUAUUCUAGAAAACGUUGGAACUUUGUAA